UCCAGCUAAAGAAAUCGAAAAGUUAAUUAAUGAAAUUAAAGGAGAAGUUAGGAAAAAAAUCACCGAUGCUUUUCCUGGAGGCUUGCCAUAUGUGAAACCAGAACCUUUGCUUUACACUUCCGGUUCUAAUUGGGAAUAUCAACCCGACCCAUCUUUGAAGCAGAUCUUGCGAAGAGAACUUAAAAAUCAUUAUGAAAAUUUUAUUUUAGGGCGCUUUGACAAAUUGAAUCUCCCGAUAUAUCUCUUCCUUUCCGGAGCUGGUACCGGAAAAUCUCGAAACGCUAAUGAAUUCCACCAAACAGCAAUCACAUGUUUGCCAGCUCAAGAAGAUGAGGAGCUGUUGACUAGGAUUAAAGAAGCUUGGGUAUUCCUU